AUGCGGUACCCGGCCGAUAGGGAGACAGAAGGCUACUCCUUGCGGUCAUUUCCGCUUGGGGGCGCAUGGACAGCCUCGGCGGCCUACUCUGUCUUGCGUUAUGCUCCAUCUAUGGUGUUGUGCGUUUUGUCCGGCGACCCCGUUGUGUUUGAGCCUGGUCUACCUGGACAUCCUUUCACUAGCACCGAAAUUUUCGCCCCCCCGCCGGACCAAUAUUGGAUUGUUCCCCAAUCCUUUACGGCUGCGCCAUUCUUCGGCCACGCAAAACGCGGCUUGAGCGCUGUGCCUUUCUCUCCAACACUCAUCAAUUAUCCUCUCCUACGGGCUUGGUGCGAACAUUGUGAUCUUCAUCAUAGCACAUGCGCCUCAGCUACGCAGACGGAACACAGGCCCGAUAAGCAAGGGGUCGGGCCUGUGAUUCGGUGCAUCGAUUGUCGUACACGCGAGGUCGUUGAGAUACAGACCUCGUACAGGUUCUUCGCUCUCAGUUAUGUUUGGGGUAAACAGCCCGCACUUAAGAGCGAAUAUGCCUUGGUUCGUAGAGGUACCAGGGAAACAGCCUCGGCGAGUGGCAAACGACAGCUUCCCAGUGUUGUUCCUGCUGUCAUUGAGGACGCAAUGAUUAUGGUAACCAGUCUUGGCGGGCGGUACCUGUGGGUUGAUCAGUUUUGCAUUGAUCAAGACGAUCCGGAUGAUAAGCACGCUCAAAUUGGCAACAUGGCUGCUAUUUUUGAAGGCGCUUAUGCAACGAUUGUGGCAUUUUCCGCGACAGACUCUGCUUCUGCAUCCUAUCUCUGCGCUUCGACCAAGUGCUAUCAGUUCUGCAAAGUUGGUUACCGCUUCAGUUUGGAUGACAAGAGGAUGGACUUAUCAGGAGGCCAUUCUGUCACGUCGUCUGCUGAUUGUGACUGA